GGUGAUAAGGUUUGCGAAGCAAAAAUGUCUGCCUAAGGGAAACUCGUAAGUUACAUUCAGGGAAUAUUUUGCAAAUAUUGCUGCAAACGCAUUGAUUCCAAACUCUGUACCACAAGAAGAAGGGAAACAAGGCUUCCAUUCUCACAUCCGAUCGCCCUAGUUGGACUUUUAAACGGGAAAAGGUGCAAAGGACCGCCAGGAUGAACCCUCAGCAGCGGAUUGCCGCUAUUGGAACGGAUAAGGAAUUGAGUGAUUUGCUGGAUUUUAGCGCGAUGUUUUCACCACCUGUCAACAGUGGGAAAAACCGACCAACUACUUUGGGGAGCAGCCAAUUCAGUGCGCCAGGUAUGGACGAGAGGGCCAGCCAGGUGACGUGGGCCGCAGGUGGCCAGCCCAGUCCCUCCUACGAGUCCCCCCGGGACUUCACAGACAGCCCUCAUUACGGUGAUCAGCUGAGUGACAGCCGAUUAGUGGCCCAUGAAGGAUUGUCCCCAACACCUUUCAUGAACUCCAGCAUCAUGGGUAAAACGGAGAGGCCCACGUUCUCGGCCUACGGCAGGGAGCCCGGAGUCUCGGGGUGCCAGUCCGGCCUGCGCUCGGACAUCGGGCUGGCGAGCCCCGCGCGCGUGACCACGGCGGGAAAGACGGCGGCCGCCCCCUUCUUCUCCUUCGCCGGCGCCAACCCCAGGAGACGGCCCGUCCAGGACCCUGCCCCGCUCGAUGCAUUGCAAACAAAGAAAGUGCGCAAGGUCCCUCCUGGAUUGCCUUCAUCUGUUUACGCGCCGUCUCCCAACACGGAAGACUUCAGCAGAGACUCGCCCUCCUUCCCGUCGCCCAAGCCUCCGGGGAGCAUGUUCGCAAGCACUUUCUUCGAUGGGACCCACAAUUCCUCUGACCCCUGGAACUCUUCGAACGGGAUCAGUCAGCCCGGCUACGGGGGGAUGCUGGGAGGAUCGUCAUCUCACAUGCCACAGUCUGGAAACUACGGCAGCCUGCACUCGCACGAUCGCCUGAACUACCCGCCCCACUCCGUGUCCCCCGCCGACAUCAGCGCCAGUCUUCCUCCCAUGUCCAGCUUCCACCGCGGCGGCAGCUCCGUCGCCCCGCCCUUCGUCAGCGCCUCGCACACCCCGCCCAUCAGCGCCGCCGAGAGCAUCCUGGCCGCAGGGAGCCGGGGGAACGCCGCGGGAGGCUCGCAAACUGGAGACGCGCUGGGCAAAGCCCUGGCCUCGAUUUAUUCACCUGACCACACCAGCAGUAGUUUUCCAUCCAAUCCCUCGACGCCGGUAGGAUCCCCGUCCUCCCUCACUGGCACAGCUGGCACGGCGGCGGGCACAGCAGGCACCAAUCAGUGGUCCAGAGCAGCUGGACAGACGCCUUCAUCUCCCAGCUAUGAGAACUCUCUGCACUCCCUGAAAUAUCGAGUUCAUCAGCAACUCCAUGAGCAUCUGCAAGAUGCAAUGUCCUUCUUAAAGGACGUCUGCGAGUCUCGGAUGGAGGACCGGCUCGACAGGCUGGACGAUGCCAUCCACGUCCUGCGGAAUCAUGCUGUGGGAUCCACUGCCAGUCUGCCCGGUGACAUGCACAGCCUUCUGGGACAAGCACACAACGGGCCAAUCGCGUCCAUCGGAGCAAACUUCCCUGCAGCAGGAUUGGUCGCCAGUCGGACAGCGUCUAUGGGCGCAGCUCAUCGGGAGGAGGCCACCAGCCUGAACAGCAAUCACACGGGGCUGCCCAGCUCUGGCCCCGCCCCCAGCUCAGACCUCAAUCACCAGGCAGACAGCUUCAGAGCUCUGGCGGUAGGGCUGGCCAGGCACGUGACCGGCCUGGAACUGAAGUUGGAGAACCAGGAGAAGGACGAGAUGCACGAGAACCACUCCUCAGACGACCUCAAGUCAGACGACGAGAGCGACAAGAGGGACAUCAAGACACCGCGAGGAGGGACCCGCACAAGCAGCAUCAACGAGGACGAGGACCUGAACCCCGAGCAGAAGGCGGAGCGCGAGCGCGAGAGGAGGAUGGCCAACAACGCCCGCGAGCGGCUGCGGGUGCGCGACAUCAACGAGGCCUUCAAGGAGCUGGGCCGCAUGUGCCAGCUGCACCUGAAGAGCGAGAAGCCGCAGACCAAGCUGCUCAUCCUGCACCAGGCCGUGGCCGUAAUACUGAACCUAGAGCAACAGGUCAGAGAGCGGAACCUGAACCCCAAAGCUGCCUGCCUUAAGAGGAGGGAAGAGGAGAAGGUGUCCGCCGUGUCGGCCGACCCCCAGCAAGGGCACCCCGCCGUCCACCCCAGCCUCACCGACACAUCCAACCCCAUGGGCCACCUCUGAGGAGCAGCCAGAUCAAAUCAAUUCAGAUCAACUCUGUACGAGAGAAGAGCGGGUGACCUUGCUUCCGGAGGACAGACGGGACUCACAAUUAGUGAAGACAAACCCACUCGAAGCAAAUAAAUCCAGAAAAAGCAAUCUUGAAAUUGGAAGGGGGGAGAAAAACUGGCAAAGCUUCCAGCUCCCUGUGAAGAAACCCAAUGCAGAUCACAUCAUUUCUGCCUGCGAGUAAACUUGAGCGCGUAUCGCUCUGUUGGUGCAAAGACGUGUGUCGCACCUGAAACAAUCAGACUGUCACCCUCCCCUCCGCCCCUCCCCCCCCC